UACGGCAUUGCCUCCUCUCCCUCCCAUCCCACCCCCCAAUGCGCAACCCGCCUCAACAACACCGUCAUCUUCCUCUCCGACCUCCAAUCCGCAGGCCUCUUUUCCUCCAUUACGUCUCUCCCCGACAACAUCUUCUCCAACACCACUCUUAACCCCUUCUCCUCCCUCCCCCGAACUACGCAAACCCAAGUCCGCCAUGUCCUGCAAUCCAUCCUCCAGACCUCCACCUCCUCCCUUCCCGAAUCCAGCACCGCAGACAUCACCACCGUAACCAUGCAUCUCCCCGUCUCUAUACCUUCUUUUACCGACUACAGCGCCAGCCUCCCCCACAACCAGCAUGCGGGGCAAAUCAUCCUCAACCACCCGGCCCCGCCCCCCGCAUUCUUCCACUUCCCCAUCGGCUACGCCGGCCGCGCCAGCACCAUCUCCGUCUCCGGCGCCCCCGUCACUAGACCCUCGGGGCACUUCUACGACCGAACCGAUCCCUCAUUCCCGCAAACAAAGAAAGUUAUCUUCGGCCCAUGUCGCGCCCUAGACUACGAGCUCGAAUUGGGGAUCGUCAUUGGGAAGCCCCUCCCUCGCGGACAGGGCCUCAAGGCCCAGGAUGCGGAGGAGCAUAUCUUUGGCUUGGUGGUGUUGAAUGAUUGGAGUGUUGCCUUUUAUACCCAAUCAAGCGAGACAUCGAACAUGAACACAAGCACAAUGACUAAUGAUAUAAUGGGAAAAGCCCGCGACAUCCAAGGCCUCGAAAUGAUCCCGCUCGGCCCACUAAACGGGAAGAACUUCGCGACCACGAUCUCCCCGUGGAUCGUCACCCUGGAUGCAUUGCAGCCGUUCAAGACACCCGGUCCGGAGCCGAGAGUUGCCCUACCGGCUCAUUUACAGGAUCCGGGUAAGUUUAAUUAUGAUAUCAAUGUUGUGACUGAGCUUGAAGCUGGUACGGGUGGUAGUAGUACUGUGCUGGGACGUGGUAACGCAAAGGACCUCUUCUGGAGCAUCAGGCAGAUGUGUGCGCAUUUGGCGAGUACGGGGUGUGAUUUGCGCACGGGGGAUAUUUUGGGCACGGGGACGGUGAGUGGGGAGGAAGAAGGGUCGUAUGGGUGUCUAUUGGAGGUGACGGAGGGGGGAAAGAAGAGGGUGAAGUUGGGAGAGGAAGAGAGAGGUUAUCUUGUCGAUGGGGAUGUGGUGAGGUUGACGGCUUGGGCUGGGGAGGGGGUUGGGUUUGGGGAGUGUGUGGGGCAGAUCCUGCCUGCGAGGGAUUGA